ACCGAGGGGAACGUGUCGCCUAUGUAAAAGUAAAAGUUUUCUCAUCUGUUGCUGCUUCUCCAGAAACUCACACGAAAACACACAUAAAUAUCCGUCCUGCAUCUCAGUUUGCUCAGUCUUCCUCUCUGCUCCAGCAGUAUAGUGCAGUUUCAGGAUUAAGGAGCUGAUGCACACUGCACUGCAUUGCACUCUCUACCCCGGACAGCACACGGACGUAAGACAUGCAGCUUACUCGACCAAAGAAUAGCAGAGCGCCGUGACGCCACUUCCGGACCGGUAGUUUUGCGGGAAGUUCGGUCCUCAUACGGACUUAACCCACAAUAAACAAAGUCAAGAUGCCUCCUAAAGCCAAGGCGGCAGGGAAAGGCAGAGCUCCGGCUAAGAGGAAGCUGGCAGAGGAGUUUCCGCCUGGGGAGGUCCUCACAGACACUGGGAAGAAGGUCUGGAAGCUGGGGGCUCCGAUCGGCCAGGGGGGCUUUGGUCUCAUAUAUUUGGCUGAUGAGAAUUCUGCAAAAUCUGUGGGUGCUGAUGCUAGAUACGUCAUCAAAGUGGAGCCCAGUGACAACGGACCACUUUUCUCUGAGCUCAAGUUUUACAUGAGAGCGGCUAAGCCUGACCUGAUUCAGAGCUGGAUGAAGUCUCACAAGUUGAAAAGUCUGGGUGUUCCUAGGUACUGGGGCUCAGGUCUGCAUGAGAAAGGAGGGAAAAGGUACAGGUUCAUGGUUAUUGACAGGCUCGGCACAGACCUGCAGAAGAAGUUUGAAGAAUGUGGAAGGAGGUUCCCCAGAAAACUUGUCCUACAGCUUGGCCUACGACUGCUGGAUAUUCUGGAGUAUAUCCAUGAUCAUGAGUAUGUGCACGCUGACAUAAAGGCAUCCAACCUCAUGUUGAGCUACAGUGAUCCAAACCAGGUUUACUUAGUAGAUUAUGGGCUGGCAUAUAGGUACUCACCUGACGGUGUCCUCAAAGAGUACAAGGAAGACCCCAAGAGAUGUCACGAUGGUACCAUCGAGUUCACAAGCAUCGAUGCCCACAAAGGAGCAACUGCGAGUAGGCGGAGCGACCUGGAGAUCCUGAGCUACUGCAUGGUUCAGUGGCUGUGUGGACGACUGCCCUGGGAGGACAAGCUGCAGGACCCCCUCUACGUCAGAGACUCCAAAAUCAGGAGCCAAGACAACGUCUCUGAAUUCAUGACUAAGUGUUUCUCCUCUCAAGACAAGCCAGAUGAGAUCCAGAGGUUCAUGGAGGAGGUGAAAUCGCUGGAAUACCUAGACAAACCACCAUAUGAGAACCUGCGCUCCAUCCUGCAGGCCGGGCUGAAGGCCAUCCAGGCUAAAGAUGAUGGCAAGCUGAUCUUCUCACCUGUUAUUGGAGCUGUUUCAUCCCCUGCCAAGACCACCAAGAGAAAGAAAGCAGCAGAUGAAGCCGAAGACAGUGAGGCUGAUGGAGAGCCCAUCAAGAAAAAGAGAGUCACAAAGAAAAAAGAAGUGAAUGGAGUGAAGAAAAGUCCCAAAAAACCUCCCACACUGAGGAAGGUACCCAGCACUGGAAAAGGUGACUCCAAAUCCAGACUGGUGGAGAUGAGCACCCAGACAUCACCCGGACUUGCCCAGAGAGCCAGAGGCAGACCCAAAAAAAUCCGUGCGUAAAGCAUCCACCCGUCUACACUCCUCCUUCCAUUCCCCCGUCUCAGCUCUGCUUCUGAAGAGUCACUCUUAAAAGUUUAUAUUGUUUCUACUGUUACUCAGUGCAAGAUGUUGAUGUUUGACUGUAUUUAGUUGUAGCCAGAUCCAUUGUAAUAAAGAGGAAAUUAAACUGUC